AUGUCCACCAUUCGGUUGCACUACGCCUACGAUGGUGUGACGGUCAUGUUCUACGAUAUGGACACCCGAAGGUACGUGGCAGCCCAACCUUUCCUCCAGGCAGAGGUUGACCGGAGGAAUUCUGACCCUGAUUACGUCGCCACGGUCCCCGAUCGCGUCGAGAGCGUCUGCGAUGAAAUCAAGCAAGCAGCAGGGUUGAGUGACCUGACCCUGGAAAGAGUGGCUCCCACGUCUGUCAGAGCCUUUAUCGAGGAGAGGCAGGGUCAGAGGGUCCUGCUGUGCGAGGUGAGGAAUUUCGCCCCCGCCGAGGUUAAAGUGAGCUGGGUGAGAGACGGAGCAGUUAUCACCGACGGCCGGGAGACAGUCAGCGUCGUCCCUCAGAGGAACCAGAUGUUCCAGGCCCGGAGUCACCUCACGCUGAGUGGGCAGGUGGAUGGCUCCUAUUUCUGUCAAGUGGAACACCAGGCCCUCAACGGGAAACUCCUCGUCCCGCUCGAACACGCCUGGACCAUCACAAGUGAAACUGCAUUGACCAUCAUCGGGGCAGUGCUGGGACUCCUGGGAUUGAGCUUCGCACUGGUCACUACCAUUCUCUACUGCCACCUCUUCCACCGUUGUUCCCGAGUCUGUGUUAACCCAACAGCAAAGUUCACCAAGCGGGAAGGAACGCUGUGUCGUUCCAAUCUGUGUAACAGCAGCAUCAGAUCAGACAGCUCAGCCAGUUCAAAUACCAGCACCACAUCAGGUAACAGAGAGGCUGGGAAUCUGGGAACAGGACCCUCGGGAAUCUGGGAACGGGAGGCUCCACUGGGAAUCUGGGAACGGGAGGCUCCACCGGGAAUCUGGGAACGGGAGGCCCCACCGGGAAUCUGGGAACGGGAACGGUGGGAGAGGUACCUGUCUAAAUACCGUUUAUCGUCCGACUGUACCCACAUCCGCAACUCCCUUGGGAUGUUCAUUCCACGUGCCCCUUCCCAUCUUGUUUAA